AUGGCUGAAGCGCAUGGCUUUGCAGGCCACACAUAUGGCGAUGCUGGCAUUCUAUCAUACCGCCUGGCUGACCAGUACCGGGGAGACCAAGUUGGCAGCUUGGAGUCUUCCCGACACACUGAAAAAGAGCCUCGAUUUUCAGUGGUAGGUGCAAUCGCUGAGCUCUACCCACCGUCCAAGGCUGCCCAACCCAGCGCAAGCUCCAUCGCAUGGCGCGCUCGCUUAGAACAGCAGAGAUGGCUCAGCAAGUCUCACCCCGAAGCGUUCAUGGGCAAUUUCGCCUUUCAAGAGCCGCUUCGUGAGGACUUGACCAAGUUCAAGGCAGUCGAGACGUCUACCAAUGACCGACCAUUGCUUGCCACAGGAUCUAUGCCAACCGUGUCGUACCGCCAAGACGUUAUUAGAGGACCCGUUCCGUUUUUAGCCUCCGCAGUGGGUGUAUCUGGCGAGCUCCUGCGCUUGAGUGUCGCGGACCAGACCGACUUGCAGUGGGACGACAGCAGGGAUGCCUCUUUGCAAUUCUCUGUAAUCGAUCCUCUGCAGGGUGAAAAGGAAGUAACCUGGGCCACUGAUGGUCUUCCAAUCACUCAGGUCAAAUAUGUACAAGGUCUUUCGAACCAGUUCAACGUUCAAUGGCUACUAGUCCAAAAAGAAACCUCGACGACAGUGCUUCAACCAGAAUAUCAUCAUGUUCCGAUCACAGAUGCGCAAAUCAUGGAUGGCUCCAUAAUAGCCACCUCAGCAACCUCGGUCAAGCCUAAUCCGAUCUUGACAAUAUCCCAUAGCGAUACAGGCGGGAAUGCCCAUUCUGAUAUAGUAUUUAUCCCUGCAGAUUUUGACCAAAGAUCCAGUCUUGCUUUGAUUGACGAAUGCGGCUUCUGGAGCAUAUGGCGUCUCAUGGGAACACAUCGAAUCGAUUUGAACACCGUCAGGGUCUUUCUGCAAGCGUGUGGACAUAUCAACACUGGCCCUCUUGCCGAAUUCCCUUCGCAGCAUGAUCAUCCCGCCGAAAAGCACGGGUUGCUUGUUGUUUGUAAGUCGAGUAUUGCCGAGCUAGAUCCGUUGGAAACAGACGCACGCACACGUUUUGCUAGCUCGAAACCGAUUCUUCUCAUGUGGAAAGCCGACCGGCUUCAGGCAGUGAAUAUUCAUUCGGCCACGAUGGUAUCGCCUUUGAAGGGGUUAUGGACACCAGAAGGCAAGAACAAUCGGAUUAUUACUGUCCAACGCUGUCCUGCUACGGAGAGCCGGGUUUUCAUACUGACAGAAAAGAACCUUGUCUGGGCCGAAAUACGGAAUGACCAGGACAAGCUCACGACUCUUCUCACCGUACCUCACAUUGGAGACAUUGGAGAAGGGCCCUCGAUUCCAACGAUGACGACUUGUGCCCUGGAGGACGGCACCGCCAUGGUUUUAACCUUUUCGAUCAAGACUAACCAACUGUCUGUGUAUUGGUUCAAAGCUGAAGACAAUGGUCAUGUGCGCUGGCAUAGGCAUGUGACAUCUCUUUCUAGCACAAUGGAUCCUGCUCAGUCCUCCCAUAUUUCUCAACUCACCGUCACUCCCCUGCGUCUUACUGUCUCGGACGACAGAUCUUCGUCCGGUUUGGGAGCUGAGUACAAAAGUGCUGGCGUGGAGUUCUUUCAGGUCAAUAUGUUGUUCGAUGAUUUGAGUUUACGACAUGGUAUCUACACUACCGUCUACACUCCCGACCAAGAGGUUGUGCUGCCUAAAAAGCGGCUAGAUUGGUCGAUGACGAAACAGCAACGACAGUGGAAGAAAAGGCGAGACAAAUUUCUCGAACGUUUUGCAACCACAUUCGUGCUCCCGGAUGGUAUGACUGAAAAGGACUUGAUUUCGUUGAUGCAGCGAAAUAACGCCGACGAAUCUGAACUGGCUGGGCGGCAGAAAGAGUCAGAGGUCAAGGUCCCUCAGCCAGUCAGGCUGAAUAUGGAGAGGAUAUGUCGGUCCAUCGGCCGCAACUUGGCAGAAGCGCAGCGAAGAGGUCCUAAAGGCCUUCCUAUAAAUUUAUUUAUCGCUGUUCAGGACAUUCUUGACACUACCGAGCCAGGGAGCAGGGCUCCAUUGACGACUUGGCAUCAGCUUCCAGAGUUUGUAGGAGAUGAUGCCGAGCUCGACGACGUUGAGAACGGUAUGGAAGCAGAAAUACAAAAUCUUUUUGAUGCGGCCGACGAAAACAAAGUCAUUCCGCAAGUUCGACGAUUCAACGACAAGGAGCCGACUGAUUCAUUGGUCAGCUUUGCAGACUUGUUUACCGAGUACUGCAAUCUCUGGCUCGAUGGUCCAGGUUUCCGCAUAACGGAUACUGUUCAAGAGCAACGAAGGGUUUGGGUAGCUGAAGUGGCACGGAGCAUGCUCUUGUCAAGCUAUGGUGUUUUGGUGCAAGAUGUUACGGUGUUUGGUCCUCAAAGGCUAGAGGUAUCACGGGCGCAGAGCAGGGAACCAGCUAGCUCGGCCAUGCUCACGUCUUCGCCGCAUAACUCCCAGCUCCCCCAAGCGCCGCCCGAUUUAACCAACAGCAACGAUGAUGCCUUGGCAAGACUGUCCCUGUUGGCACCGUCACUAUCCACAACGCAGCCACCUACGUCGAGAUCUCACAACUUACUCUCCUACUGGCCUGCCGAGCGCGGCCAUGAUCCCGAGCGCUACGUUUCGACGGUAGCCGUCGCCUCGGACGACAAGUUCAGAGAGGCGCGAGAGAGACUACAGAGAAAGGAAGCGAAGCGCAGAUCGCACAUCGACAAAUUCAGGCUACAGUCGAUGACGCGCCGGAGCAGCGUGCGCGGUCGCGAAGACGAAGUGAUAGGCUCGUCGCCAGGUCCUACGCACGUGCAAGCCAUGUCGAGCCAGGCCCAGCCGAGUUCGUCGCAGACACAAGCGCCGUCGAUAACGCAAGUGACCAUGAGCCAGCCUGUCUCGGGCGCAUUUGGCGCUAGAAAGAAGAAGUCCAAGCCCAAGCGGAAGAGUGGUUUUAGAUAG